UAGCUGAAAAAUUGUUACAAGUGCAAGAUAUACGAGGCAGUCUAAAUGUAUUAUCAUUGUUAUCUACAGCAGUUCGUCCUAUGCAUUAUCAGUAUAAAGAGUUGAAAUAGAGCAAAAUAUUUAAAUAAAUCUUAUCUUUCUGUAUUCUAAUUAAAUGCCAAAAGUCGCUUUUACUCUGAUAAGAUCAUUACCUAAGCGAAAUAUGAGUAUAUUCACUCAAAACUUGAAUCCUCUCACUGGUAUUGCCACGUGGGAGGAGAGAGAUCAGUAUUAUGAUUAUCAUCAAGAAGUAGCAAGAUCUGCAUUUGCAGAUAUGUUACAUGAUCAUGAGCGAAAUGAAAAGUAUUACAUUGCUCUUAAAGCUGCUAUUGACAAAAAACAUUGGAUGGGUGAAGAGGCUAAUGUGCUCGACAUUGGCACUGGGACAGGCUUGUUAUCUAUGAUGGCUGCUAAAUGUGGAGCAGACACUAUUACAGCAUGUGAGGCUUUCGAACCAAUGGCCAAUUGCGCAGCGCAAAUAAUAAGAGAGAAUGGUUAUGCGGAUAAAAUUAAGCUGAUUCAUAAGCGCUCGACGAAGAUGACUGUCAGCAAGGAUGGUGACAUGUCGAAGCGAGCGAAUAUUUUAGUCACUGAAGUGUUUGAUACCGAACUGAUUGGUGAAGGAGCGUUAUCGACAUUUCGCCAUGCUCAUGAAGAACUUCUGGAGAAAAACAGCAUAGUUGUGCCGCACAGUGGAACGGUAUGGGCUCAAGUAGUCGAAAGCUCCAAAGUUUGCGCCUGGAAUCGAGUGAAGUCUAUAAAAAACGGAAGAACGUUAGUUGAUGCCCCGUCGGCUAUUCAAGCGUGCUCCGGCGCUGCGGCAGUGCACGACAUGCAGCUGUCUCGUCUACCUCGUAAUACUUUUGUACCUUUAAUGCCACCGCAGCCGAUUUUCAGAUUCGACUGGUCUGACAAGGAACGCUUAUUGAACAACGAAAAAGUAUCAUUACGCGUGCAGCCGAUAACGAGUGGAACCGCGCAUGCAAUUUUUAUGUGGUGGGAUUUAAACAUGGAUACAGAUAACCAGGUGUUGCUGAGUUGUGCGCCUGUAUGGGAACAUCCAAGUGUCCCCGAUGACGUCAAGGAAGACACUUCGCGUUUGCAAGAAUUGGCGGAUUCUAUACCUUGGAGAGAUCACUGGAUGCAGGCUGUCUAUUAUCUCCCGGAAGAAGUGCCUGUCACACGCGACAUCGAGGUCAAUCUCAUUGGCUAUCACGACGAGUAUUCCUUUUGGUUUAAAUUGUUGAACGGACCCCUGGAUAAAAUUCCAGAUUGCCCAAUGCCCGUGUGCAAUUGCUUCGCGCAUGUCGCGUACUCGCGGACGCGUAUUGGACAACUGAACGAUACAAUUCGCAAUGAGAAAUAUGUGCAAGUCUUGCGGAAGAAGAUCACUCCGAAAAGUGUCUGUCUCUGCUUCUCAGACGGUUGCUUGUUGGCCCUCGCGGCCGCGAGCUUGGGCGCAAAAGUAUUCUUGCUGGAGAAGAAUCUUCUGUCGCGGAGAACCAUGAAAAUGUUCGUGCGGGAGAACGGUCUCACCGAGCGGGUGAGAAUCAUCAAGUCGGACGACAAUCUGCCGAAAGCAUGCGAGAUUAACUUCAUUUUCGGCGAGCCGUACUUUCUUAGCUCUAUCGUGCCUUGGGAGAAUCUGCGGUUCUGGUUUCUCGCCUCCCGAUAUCCGUCAAGCAUUCCGAGGACGCCGAUUGCGGCAACGAUCAAAGCCCUCGUUGUCGAGUUCAAGGAUCUGCAAAAGAUAAGAGCGCCUCUCGGCGUUUGCGAGGGUUUCAACCUAUCUUCCUUCGACAAACUCGUGCAAGUGUCUAGCGAUAAAAGCGAUAAUCCCGAGGAAGCACAGCCACUUUGGGAGUAUCCUUGCAAAGCGCUAUCUCAGCCGUUCGAUAUUAUAAAGUUCGACCUCACGCAGAACGUAAACACCGAGCGCAUUGAAAUAUCGGGCGAGGUUCCAAUUUUAAACAAAGGGUCCUGUAACGGCGUUGCUAUAUGGGUGGAUUGGCAAUUGGAUUUGGAUAUCUCAGUGUCUUGUGGUCCAAUUGAAAAUCCGGUGCCUGGUAAGCGGGUGUCUUGGGACCCUUAUACAAGGCAAGGUGUGCAUUUGUUUCGCAAGAUAUCGGAUGUCACGAAACAGAACACACUAUCAUGGUCAUUCAUCUUCAUACCGCAAAAUGGCAAAAUGGAGUUUGAUUUUAGCAUAUCAACGAACGUUUGAACACGUUGAGUGAA